AUGAAUAAGAUAAGAAGAAAGCAACAGAAAGACUUUGAUCGUCAACGUCCAACUUCUCCUACAAGUUUCCAACAACAACAGCAACAACAACAAGUACCAAUCGAACAUAAUCCCUCAAUUGCAAAGAGUCCUCCAUUACAACAACAAGACUUUGUAUCUCCUCCCUCAAGUAGCUCUACUUCUCCACCUAUCCCAGCACAUCCCAACACUCUACCACCUUCACAUUCAAUCGCCAACGGUGCCAGUCCCAACAUCAACAUCAUCAACUUGGGUAAACCUGUCAACCUUUCAAAACCCGUUCAAAAGGUACCCGAGUCCCCGCCAUUCGAGGAUCAACUAUCAGAUUACAAGAGAUUACAAAGAGAGAGAUACCUCAAGCAGAAGCAAGAGGCUGUUGUAAAGACCUUUGUCCAAACCAGUUCGGUUGGAAAUAUACAUCUUUCAAAGUUAAGCGGUGGAAAUAGCCACUCUGGUGUAUUAACUCCACCAUUAAUCAAGGUCAAGAUGAACAAUCAUCACUAUAGAGAAGUUAACUUCACUUCCAAAGAUGGUUGCUUAUGGAUCAAUGACGUUAACUUCAAACUUAAAGGUAUCAAUUGGUUUGGCUGUGAAACCGAGACAUCAGUCGUCCAUGGACUAUGGUCUCGAGAUUACAAACAAUACCUGGAUUUCCUUCAAGCCAAUCAUUUUAAUGCCAUAAGAAUACCAUUCUGUUUGGAGAUGAUAUUGAAGGAUCCAAUUCCUACAUCUAUAUCAAUUACAACUCAUAUGAAUAGUGACCUUCAUGGUCUUAGAGCACUCUCAGUGUUGGAUAUCAUCAUUGAGGCAGCUGGUGAGAGAGGUAUCUUCAUCCUUCUAGACCUCCACUCAUUCGGUCCAAACGAUCGUCUUCACGAUGGUCUCUGGUACAACAGUGCCCACACUGAACAAGAGACCUUAAAGGCUUGGAACAUUCUUAUACUUAGGUAUGGAAGAACAUGGAAUGUAAUGGGAGUGGACCUUAAGAAUGAACCAUACUCUGCCACUUGGGACUCUGGCAAUCCAUUGACAGAUUGGGACAAGGCCAUCAACAGGAUUGGAUCUUUCAUUCAAACGAAUGGUGGCAAUAGAUGGUUGAUAUUUGGUCAGGGAGUCCCAUCACAACAAUCAUCAUCUCUGCCAUGUUGUUGGGGAGAGAGCUUCGAGUCGGAGGGUCGACAAUCAGACACCAAACCAUUGACUACAAUCCAUUUGCCAAUCGAGGAUAAGUUUGUCUACUCUCCUCAUUGCUAUGGCCCGAGUGUAGUCAAUCAUAAUCACUUUAGACAUAGUUCAUUCCCAGACAACAUGAUGCCACAUUGGGACGCAAACUUUGGCAUGCUUCCACAGACUACGCGCCGUGCUGUAGUCAUUGGCGAGUGGGGUGGCAAGUACGCCGAGAACCUGGACCGUCUCUGGAUGACUUCCUUUGUCAAGUACCUACAGAACAGAGGCUGUACCGACUCGUUCUACUGGUGCCUCAACCCCAACUCUGGCGACACUGGUGGUCUGCUCAAAGACGAUUGGGUGUCGAUCAAUCAAGACAAGCUUGACCUACUCCACAAGCUGUGUCCACACCCAACCAAGGUACGCUACGACAAGGAUCUCAGUCAGUUCAUCAUCACAUCAGCCACUCAAUCACACAGUGAGGCCUAG